CACAGUUUCAUUUCUUGUGAAAUAGUCAGUCUCUCUGUCUCACUGCAGCAAGAUGGCUUCAAAAGUAUGGUCAGAGGAUCGGUUCAGCUGUCCAGUAUGUCUGGAGCUAUUGAAAGACCCAGUCGCCAUUCCAUGUGGACACAGUUACUGUAUGGGGUGUAUUAAGAACUGCUGGGAUCAGACUGAUCAUACAGGUGUCUACAGCUGCCCCCAGUGCAGAGAGACCUUUACCCCAAGGCCUGAUCUGUGCAGAAACACCAUGCUGGCCGAACUUGUGGAGGAAUUAAAGAAGACAGGACUCAAUCCUCCUCCUGCUCAAAGUUAUGCUGGACCUGGAGAUGUGCCGUGUGAUUUCUGCACUGGGAGAAAGUUCAAAGCUGUGAAAUCCUGUUUGACGUGCCUGGCCUCUUACUGUGAAACACACGUCAAGCCACACUAUGAGGGGGCUGCUUUCAAGAGGCACAAGCUGAUCAAUGCAAUUGGAGAUCUGCAGCAGAAGCUUUGUGCUGAACAUCAGAAGGUUUUGGAGGUCUUCUGUAGAACCGAUCAGACGUGUAUUUGUGUUUUGUGUAUUGUCAAGGAACACAAGAGCCAUGAUACAGUUUCAGCUGAGGCAGAAAGGAGUGUGAAACAGAAGCAGCUGGGAGAGACACAGACAGAAAUACAACAGAGAAUCCAGGAGAGACUGAAAGAAACUGAGGAGAUAAAACAGGCUGUGGAGACACUGAAAAGAUCUGCAUGCAUAGAAAUAAAGGAAAGUGAGAAGAUCUUUACUGAGCUGAUCCGAUCCAUUGAGAAGAUCCACACUGAGGUUAUUGAGCUGAUUGGAGCUAACGAGAAGGCUGCAGUGAAUCAGGCUGAAGGACGCAUGAAGAAACUGGAGCAGGAGAUUGCUGAGCUAAGGAGGAGAAACACUGAGCUGAAACAGCUUUCAGAAACAGAGGAUCACAUCCAUUUUCUACAGAAUUUCCAGUCUCUCUGUGCCCCUCCUGAAGCUCAAGACUCAUCCAGCGUUACUGUCAAUAGAGCCAUCUCUUUUGGAGCUGUGAGGAAAGCUGUAUCUGAACUUAAAGACCAUAUUGAGGACUUCUGCAAAGGGGAAUUAGUCAAAAUAACCAAAACAGUGAAUGAAGUUGCAGUUUACAGUCUGCAGGCUCCAGAGCCAAGGAACAGAGCUGAGUUUUUAAAAUCAAAGGAAAAGUGUGAAGAGGAAAUGAAGGACCAGCCUCGACGAAGAUGCAGUAAUGAGGAUGACCGUCCUAACAUGUCUGGAUGUGAAGCGAGUGCAGAAGAGGAAACAGGAGAGACAGAGGAACAAGAACCAGUGAAUGAAGUUGCAGUUUACAGUCUGCAGGCUCCAGAGUCAAGGAACAGAGCUGAGUUUUUAAAAUAUUCCUGUCAGCUCACACUGGACCCCAACACAGCGUAUAGAAACCUCUGUCUGUCUGAAGGGAACAGAAAGGUGACACUGGUUUGGACCCAGCAAUUUGCUGAUGAUCACCCAGAGAGAUUUGACAGAAAGGCCCAAGUGCUCUGCAGAGAGGGUUUGUCUGGGACUCGUUGUUACUGGGAAUUUGAGUGGAGUGGGAGAGGGGCAUCUAUAGGAGUCACAUAUAAAGGAAUCAGCAGGAAAGGAGAGGAUUAUUCCUGUGUCCUUGGAUUCAAUGACAAGUCCUGGAGUUUGGAAUGCUCUGGUUCCAGGUACACUGCCCGGCACAAUAGCAAUCACACUGCAAUAACUGCCCCCCGCUCCCCCAGAAUAGGAGUGUAUCUGGACUUUAAUGCCGGCACGAUGUCCUUUUAUGGCGUCUCUGACACAAUGACCCUCCUGCACAGAUUCCAAACCACAUUCACUGAGCCGCUCUAUCCUGGGUUUAGGCUUGAUUGGUUUCCUGGUUCCACUGUAACAAUCUGCCAGCUGAACUAGACUGUUUUGUGUUGUAAGAAACCCUUUGUAUUGAACUCCCUGUCUGUCCUCUCCACUCCUCGGGUGAAGGGAAUGUUCAAUCUGACACAACUUUGGAUGAAAGUUAGGGGGUAAAACGGCGCCACCUGCAGAGUGAAACGAGGUGAAUUAUUUGUUUUUAACAACAAAUGGAUUUCAUACGAAGUAACUGUAUUUAAUUUGUUUUUUAAGAAUUGUUAUGUUUUAUAUAUAUUUUAAAAAAUGGCAUCCAAUAGUCAGUGCUGUAACAGUUUUUAAAAAAGUAAACUUAAGCUUGCUUUAUUGUGUGUGUGUGUUUUUGUUCGCUGAUUCCAAUAAAAAUGUUUGUUCUGUUUAUUUUUUCAGAUUUUAGGAAUGUGAUUUAAUAAAAAAAAUAAUUUGAUUAA